AUGGGAGUACCAGCGUUUUUCCGGUGGCUUAGCCGUAAAUACUCAAGCGUAAUUGUGGAAUGUAUCGAACAGAGACCAACGGAUGUGGACGGUCAAUUGGUACAUAUUGAUUCGUCAUUACCCAAUCCAAAUGGAAUAGAAUUUGACAAUUUAUACUUGGACAUGAAUGGCAUUAUACAUCCGUGCACUCACCCUGAAGAUAAGCCUGCACCUAAGGAUGAAGACGAGAUGAUGGUGGCUAUUUUCGAAUGCAUUGACCGUUUGUUUCGUAUCGUGAGACCCAGGAAACUCCUAUACAUGGCCAUUGAUGGAGUGGCGCCCAGAGCCAAGAUGAACCAGCAGAGAUCAAGACGUUUCAGAGCCUCAAAAGAGACUCAGGAGAAAAUAGAAGAAAUUGCCAGAAUCCGCUCAGAGCUACAGGCAAAAGGGGCUUAUUUGCCUCCAGAAAGGCCUAAGGAAGCCCAUUUUGAUUCAAACUGCAUUACACCUGGUACACCAUUCAUGGACAGACUUAGUAAAUGCUUACAUUAUUAUAUUCAUGACAGACUGAACAAUGAUCCGGGAUGGAAGGGUAUUAAGGUGAUUCUCUCAGACGCCAAUGUGCCUGGGGAGGGUGAACAUAAAAUUAUGGACUACAUUCGUCGGCAGAGAGCCCAACCGGACCACGACCCCAACACACAGCACGUCCUUUGCGGAGCAGACGCCGACCUUAUAAUGUUGGGUCUCGCAACUCACGAGCCCAACUUCACCAUAAUACGGGAGGAGUUUAAGCCGAACAAGGCCCGUCCGUGUGACGUUUGUGGACAACUUGGUCACGAAAUGAAGGAGUGCACAGGCACCACACCCGAAGUGUCCCUGGUCCGCUCAGACCCCGCCUUCGGCACUCAGGACAACUUCAUAUUCGUCCGAUUGAGCGUUCUCCGCGAGUAUUUGGAGAAGGAAUUGCAAAUGCCGAACCUCCCUUUUCCAUACGACUUCGAGAGAGCGCUGGACGACUGGGUGUUCAUGUGUUUCUUCGUGGGCAACGACUUCCUACCCCACUUGCCCAGUUUGGAGAUCAGGGAGGGGGCCGUGGACCGUCUGGUCAACUUGUACAAGAAAUGCGUAUACAAGACUAAGGGCUGGGUCACAGACUCCGGGGACGUGAACCUGGAGCGGGUGCAGCUGAUCAUGGACGAGCUGGGCCGCAUGGAGGACGAGAUCUUCAGGCGGCGGCACCAAAACGAGCUCAACUUCCGUGCGCGGGACAAGGCGCGCAAGAAGCAGCAGCCGGUCAACUUCGGCCUGCUGCAGAGGACCCAGUUCGCGCCCAAAACGGUGGAAGAGGCGGCGCAACCCGUUGAGAACGCACGGAGGGAAGCGGCGAACAUUCGCAUAGCCGGGAUGAACGCAGAGCGCGAAGAGUCCGGGCAGAGGGGCCGCAAGCGGUCCGCCGCCGACGCCGGUCUGGACCAGGACGACGAGGACGAUGAGGACAAGCAUGACGAAGUUCGCCUCUGGGAGGACGGCUUCAAGGAGCGCUACUACGAGAGCAAGUUCGAGGUGGCCAAGGACAAUUUGGAGUUCAGGUACCGCGUAGCGCUGCAGUACGUGCGCGGCCUGUGCUGGGUGCUCCGCUACUACUACCAGGGCUGCGCCAGCUGGAAGUGGUACUUCCCCUACCACUACGCGCCGUUCGCUUCGGACUUCGUCAACAUCUGCGGCCUCUCCACCAAGUUCGAGAGGGGCACGCAACCGUUCAGGCCGCUGGAGCAGCUGAUGGGUGUGUUCCCGGCCGCCAGCUCGCAGCACGUGCCGCCGCCCUGGGCCAAGCUCAUGAGUGACCCCUUCUCGCCGAUAAUAGACUUCUACCCGACGGACUUCAAGAUCGACUUGAACGGGAAGAAGUUCGCGUGGCAAGGGGUGGCCCUGCUGCCCUUCGUCGACGAGGCCAGGCUCUUCAAGGCGCUGGAGCCCUACUACAAGGACCUCUCGCAGGCGGAGAAGCUGCGGAACACGCGCGGCUACGACCGCCUCUACGUGUCGCCGCAGCACGCCAGCUACGCGGCGCUACGAGCGCUCUACGCGGACGAGACGGCCGCUACGCGCCCCUCUACGCGCUACCCGUACCGUAGCGAGGGCGUCCGGGGCGAGGUGAUGCUCAGCCCGGACAACGUCUGCGACGGGGGGCAGCUGCCCUCUCCAGUGGUGGGCCUGCCCCCGGUGCUGGGCAACCGCGCGGUGUGCGUCCGCUUCCAGGACCCCGAAUAUCCAGAGGACUUCAUCUUCCCCGCGCGGAGGCUGAAGGGCGCCUCGCAGCCGCCCAGGGUGCUCAAGCCGGGGGACCUCAGCGGCCAGGAGAACAGGAACUGGAGGCCGCAGAUAGGCAUGGUGCGGUCCAACACGGUGGCCAGCCUGGAGCUGGCCGGCCACCGGAUGCUCGGCCACCACGUGCCGCGGGACCGCCACUACGCCACCGUGCCGCCGCCGCAGCACCACCAGACCCACCAGAGCCACCACCAGACCCACCAGAGCCAGUACCAGUACCAGCCGCACCAGGGCUACGGCCACCACCAGCGCUCGCAGUCCUUCGGCCCGCAGCGGGGCGGGUACGUGCCGCACAACCCUAGCCUUCGCGGCCAGCGGAACGGGCAGGGGUACAGCCAGGGGUACGGACAGGGGGGCUCGAGUCAGAACGGGCAGGGGAGGUACGGGCAGGGGCAGAGCAACCGGCCCCAAGGUCACACCGGCCACACCGGCUACGGCGGCUACCAGACCAGCGAUAGCAGGUUCCAUCAAGGCCAGCAUGGCGGCGCGCCAAAGUACCCAAGGGCGGGGCCCCAGUGGGAGCGGAGACCGGCUUCGGGUCCCAGCAGACAUCAAGGCUCCGGAAGGGGCUCCACGUGGCGC